AUGUUGCUGGACCAGCUCGAAGACGUAAGGCGCUUUACGCACGAGCUGGGUGCCUUUGCUGCCAUUCUGGUCGACGGAACUGUCGUCGCCUGGGGAGACGAGGAGUUCGGAGGGGACUGCAGAGAAGUUCAGGCACAGCUGACGAACGUACAGCAUCUGCAAUCCAACGGCCACGCCUAUGCUGCAAUUCGCAGGGAUGGUUCUGUUGUCACCUGGGGAGAUCCCGACUUCGGUGGCGACAGCAGCUAUGUCCAGGACAGUUUGAAGGACAUCCGACAGAUCCAAGCAACUUGCGGCAACAGAAGCGGCGGCUUCGCAGCGAUCCGCGCUGAUGGCUGUGGGGUGAUCUGGGGCGGCCGCUUCUACAGCGGACGGCCCGAGUUGGAGGAAGGAGCACCCGGCGACUACGAGAUACAGGCCACGAUGGGGGAUUUUUGCGCUCAGCGUCCAGAUGGCGUUCUCGUGACGUGGGGAGGCUUUCGUUACGGCGGCACCAGCUGUGGCGUCCAGGCGCAGCUCCAAGAUGUCAGACAGAUCCAGGUAACUCUCGCUGGGCUCUUUGCCGCCGUCUUGGCGGAUGGAAGCAUCGUGAAAGUUCUGAUCCCAUGGGUCUUGGGGAAGUGCGGCUACUCCUUGGGAGGUCGGGUGGCCAUGGCUUUUGCUGAGAGUUACCCAAAGAAGUGCAUCGGCUUAGUUGCCUUGUCAGCAAAUCCCGGUCUGCAGAGCCCAGGUGAGCAGCGGCAGCGCUGGCUCCAGGACCAGAAGCAGGCAAAGCAACUCCUGAACUCGAAUUUCGAGGAGUUCUUGGACAGGUGGUACGCGGCUCCGCUUUGGGGAGGUCUCAAGGAGCGACAGCCAGAAGUGUACAGUCGGAUGUUGGCAAAGCGUCGUACUGUGCGGCCGCAGAUGGCUGCCUUGUCUUUGCUUGGGUCAUCUCUGUCUCGACAGCCGCCAUGCUGGUCCCCACCGUGUCCGCUCUGGUAUGCUUACGGCGAGCUCGACGCGAAGUUUGCUGCCAUUGGACGUGAAAUUGCUGAGAAGUCGUCGUCGGCGGGGUCACAGGUUCACGUCCGUGCGUUGACGAAGAUCGGCCACGCAGUCGUUGAGGAAGCUCCCUUUGAGGUGGCCAAAUUCAUUGCGGAGGCUGCAGACAGUUUCGGCAGCUCAUCCUCUUCGCGACCGAGAGAGGAGUCGACUCUACGCCUGGAAAGCGCUUGGUCGGAGCCUAUUCAGGUCAUGCUGAAGGCGCCCCUGCUUCUGGCGCGCGGCGAGCCGCUGCAUCACCGGGAGGGCAUCCUGCUUGUGCUUCAGGGCCGAUCGGGAGCCGAUGGGCCUUUGGCCGCGGGCCUCGGGGAGGUCACACCACUCCCUCAGUUUCACAAGGAGACGCUGGGAGAGGCACAAGCCCAGCUGGGCACAGUCCUCUCGAACUUGGCGGCGGCCACACCAGAGGUGCCAGCAGAGCUUGCACGCCUGGAUGGCAGCCUGGGGCGAUGGUUGGAAAAGUACAGUCCCGGGCCACUGCUGCCUUCAGUUCGAGCAGGUCUUGAGAUGGCACUGCUCCAUCUCCUCCGGCGGGAUUAUCCACAGCCCUAUGCAGCUGCGGCUUUGGCCAGGGGCCUUUGCUGCCAAUCUGAAGUGAGUAUCAACUCCCUCGUCGCUCAGAACGAUGACCUCGACACAGAUGGCGCAUCGGUGGCGAAACUCAAGGUUGGCAAAGAUCCGAAGCAGGAUGCAGCGCGUACCAACCGCUUGGCGGAGAAGCUACACGAGCGAAGAGGAGACAAGGCGCGGUUGCGCCUGGACGCGAAUCGAGCGUGGACCACGGCUCAGGCUGCGGAGUUCUUGAACAGCCUGAGUCCUGCCGCAGUGGCCCUUACAGACUACCUGGAGGAGCCGACGCAGUGGGAGCCGGGUCAGUCGGCUGCAGAGUUCCUGCAGCAGUGGGAGGAUGUCUCCACGGCCACCGGCAGCCGAGUGCGCCUGGCCGUGGACGAGAGCCUGACCGAGGGCGUGGUGAGCCUGGAAGACCUCACCAAGUGCAAGGCGCCGAUCGCCGCAUUGGUGCUGAAGCCAUCACUCCAAGGAAUCGAGCAAACUGUGGCCAUGUCGAUGUGGGCUUUAGAGAGAGGUGCCAUGCCCGUGUUGAGCUCGGCCUUCGAGUCCGGCGUGGCUCUGGUUCAUUUCGCGUUGCUGGGCGCAGCCCUGGUCCAGCAACCUUGGAAGGGCGAUGCCGGCAAGGUCCACGGGCUUGGUACGUUCACGCGCCUGAAAGAGGAUGUGCUUCAACCACAUUUCGCCGACCUGGUCACGACAGGUGAGGGCCAUGGAUGGCAAGUCAGUGUCCCGAGCUGCCAAGAGGCUCUUGACGCUACUGUCCAGGCCCUGAUGGCUUCUAGAGGCUCCGGGGCUCAUGUAAAUGGCUGGUGCUGA